CUGAACUGUCGAUGCUGUGUGGCAGAGAGCCGAACUUCUCACAGCGGAUCGGGGUGUGGCGGAUUUGAAAACAGUGAAAUAAAUCAGAGACCGUGAACAUUAGCGUACCUAACGGGGCAUAUUCAAAACCCUCGGCGAGAUUAGAGGACUAAAGGACGAAAGCAAGGCACGAGAAGGGAUUUUUGUUAUUUCAAAAUUUUCUCGUCGCCAUUGCUUUUUUAAUACCUGGACACGAGGGGUUGGUCUUAACUUUUUUGGCCAAACUUUCUGGAUUAGUGGAUAUUGUUUUAUCGAGGUUUCCCCCCUAUCCGCGUGAUGUUAAACUCUGGAUAGUACUUUGUUUUUUCUUGGGAGCCUUAAACGCCAACUGUUUGCCAGUUUCUUGCUGGUGUUUCGAUAUUAAUCCUAUUUUUCAACCCUCAACGCCUUGUUUCAAGGUUAUUUGGACAUAUUUAAACGCUCGCAUUCGGCUCUAGUGCUGUUUCCCCUGUUUGAUUUGCGAGCGUCGUUUUCUUCAAAGCUAAAAGAGGAAGUUAUCCGAGGCUGUUAGUCACGGAAGACUGUAAAACAAAUCUCCACGAGCCUAAAAAAGGUUUAUACCUUUACAUUUUUUUUCUCCUAAAGUUAUCAUCAUAAAUCCGUCGCCCUGAAGCGCGCAUUUGGAACCAUGGGCUGCACCGUGAGCCAUGAAGAUAAAGCUGCGGCCGAGCGAUCCAAGAUGAUUGACAGAAAUCUGCGCGAGGACGGCGAGAAAGCCGCCAAAGAAGUGAAGCUGCUGCUUUUGGGUGCUGGAGAAUCCGGGAAGAGUACCAUCGUAAAACAGAUGAAGAUUAUCCAUGAGGACGGCUACUCGGAGGAAGAGUGCAAACAGUAUCGAGCUGUGGUCUUCAGUAACACCAUCCAGUCCAUCAUGGCUAUCAUCAAAGCAAUGAGCAACCUCAAGAUCGAAUAUGAGGACAGCGCCAGAGCGGAUGAUGCCCGUCAGUUGUUUGCACUGGCCGGGGCGGCAGAGGAACAGGGCAGUCUGCCAGAUGACCUGUCCAAUGUCAUUAUGAGACUGUGGGCUGAUGGAGGGGUACAGGGCUGCUUCACCCGGGCAAGAGAGUAUCAGCUCAACGAUUCUGCUGCAUAUUAUCUUAAUGAUAUGGAGAGGAUAGGGAAAGCAGACUACAUCCCAACCCAACAAGAUGUGCUGAGGACCCGAGUGAAGACCACUGGCAUCGUCGAAACGCAUUUCACCUUCAAAGACCUUCAUUUCAAGAUGUUUGAUGUCGGUGGUCAGCGUUCAGAGAGGAAGAAGUGGAUCCACUGUUUCGAAGGGGUGACUGCUAUCAUCUUCUGUGUGGCCAUGAGCGCGUAUGACCUCGUGCUGGCUGAGGAUGAGGAGAUGAACCGAAUGCACGAGAGUAUGAAGCUCUUCGACAGCAUCUGCAACAACAAAUGGUUCACGGAGACCUCCAUCAUCCUGUUUCUUAACAAGAAGGAUCUGUUUGAGCAAAAGAUCGCACACAGUGCCCUGUCCAUCUGCUUUCCCGAGUACACAGGUGCCAACAACUACGACGAGGCCUCCGAGUACAUCCGCACCAAGUUUGAGGAUCUGAACAAGAAGAAGGAAACCAAGGAGAUUUAUCCUCACUUCACCUGUGCCACCGACACCAAGAACGUGCAGUUUGUUUUCGACGCCGUCACCGAUGUCAUCAUCAAGAACAACCUGAAGGACUGUGGGCUCUUCUAGACGACAAAAGCAGGAAGAAGAGUCGAGAUUACUUGAACAGUUUUGAUGAGAAGAGGAUGUAAAGGUGGACCGCGUCCUGAGCAUCUGCACUGGCCAAUCACGACGAUUCUUUCCACCCGAUGACUGAUAGCUCAGAGGACCCCGACACAAUUUCAAUGAUUGCCAAUGACUUAAGCCUCUCCCCCAAUACUGUCUCAGCAUUGUGUUUGGCAUUUCAUAUAUGUAUUAUUAACUCCUUGGGCUAUGACCACAAAUCAACAACUGUUGUAUUUCCAUUGUCAUUUUUGUCGUUUGUUUUUUUCUUCCUUUUGAUUAUUUUUUGUUUUGUUUCAAGUAAUAGCAGAGACAACAAAGUUUUUAUAUCCUUUCAUUUUACUCUCGGGAAUCUGAUGUGCAAAUUCUCUUCAACUUUUAAUUGCGCAUUGCUUCUUUUUUAAAAACCAGCAGGUGUUGGAUAUAGAGUAUGAUCGAAAAAGGAAAGCGCUUUUUUAUGAUGUUUACAUGACGUCCUCGUUCAUAGCAAACCGGCGAAUUUCUCCUGCAUGAUAGAAGAUAGCAAAUAUUAUCAGCACAAGUAAUCGGUUCACAUCAGCGUGUAACAUUCCUUUUUAAAAUUAAACGUCGAAAAAAUCUACAAAAAAAAGCUUCACACGGGGGAAAGAAUUGCUAAAAUGUAACCGAUAUUUAAAGUAUGUACGUAACAGUAUCUAACAUUCUUUUCAUUUCUAUCUUCUCGUACCUCUUUCUAGCAUUCUGUUUGUGCCUUGACUUCCGUUUACAAUGGACUUUAUUCUUCCCCGAUUGUCCUACUGUACGUAAGCAUUUCUGCUCCAAAACUUUCACACCAUGUAAGAUUAAAUAGUGAUUAUUAAUGGAAAUCUAAUUGAGAAAAAGGGUAGUGUUUGUUUUUUUGUUCUGUUUUUGGUAAAAAUUAAAAUGCUUUUGAAAGUCCUUUAUGAUUUAAUUUAAAUAAAAGUUCACUAGAAGAAA